AUGGAGAUCCCGGAGGGCAGCCAACUCUGCGUUCCUCACCUGAACUCCUCCUGCCAGAAGCCCAGCCACCCGUACACCGCCACCAUGCUGAUCUACGUGCUGCUCUCCUCCAUCUCGCUCAUCACCGUGGCUCUGAACCUGCUGGUCAUCAUCGCCAUCUCCCACUUCAGGCAGCUCCACAGUCCCACCAACCUCCUCCUCCUGUCUCUGGCCGUCACCGACCUCCUCGUCGGCCUCGUGCUGAUGCCGGUGGAGAUCAUCUACAUCGAGGCGUGCUGGUUCCUCGGAGACGUCCUCUGCACCCUCUACUACAUCACCGACUACAUCAUCACCUCCGCCUCCGUCGCCAACAUGGUUCUCAUUUCGCUCGACCGCUACAUGGCCAUCUGCGACCCUCUGGGAUACUCCGGCAAGGUCACCAACAGAGUGGUGCAGUUCUACGUCUGCCUCUGCUGGCUGUGCUCGGUUUUUUACAGGCUGCUCCUCCUGCACGACCACCUGGAGCAGCCCGGCAGGUCCAACUCCUGCUUCGGGGAGUGCGUGGUCGUUAUCAAUCAUAUCUCAGGUGUGAUCGACCUGGUCUUCACCUUCAUAAUCCCCAUCACCGUCAUCAUAGUCCUGUACCUGAGAGUGUUCAUGGUGGCGGUGACGCAGGCUCGCAGCUUGCGUUCUCGGGUUGCGGCUCAGCGCCCGGGGAUGGUGACGGUGAAGAAGAAGGAGAUGAAGGCGGCCAGGACUCUGGGCAUCGUCGUGGUUGUGUUCCUCAUCUGCUUCUGUCCGUAUUACUACCCGACUCUGGCCGGGGAGGACACGUCGGUCGAUGCGUCCGCGGCGGCCUUCGAGAUCUGGCUGGCGCAUUUCAACUCGUGUCUGAACCCGGUCAUCUAUGUGUUUUGUUAUCCCUGGUUCAGGAAGUCUCUGAAGCACAUUCUGACCCUGCAGAUCCUGAAACCAGGCUCCCGCAACACUCAGAUGCUGUAG